AUGAGGCAGCCGGAGGGGGAAGCCGCGUGUGCACUGUGCCGGCGGGCAGAUUCCGACUCGGAGCUCUUUGGGCAGACGUGCCACCAGGACGGGCUGUGCGUCCAUGAAAACUGCCUGUACCACGCCAGCGGGCUGAGCCAGCGCGGGGCCGACGGCGAGGGCUUCUAUGGCUUCCUCCUCCCCGACAUCCGCCAGGAGCUCAAGCGGGCGGCACACAAGACCUGCUGCAUCUGCCGGCGUCGGGGGGCCUCGGUGGCGUGCCAGGGCCGAAGAUGCCCCCGAAACUUCCACUUCCCCUGUGGCGGCGAGCGGGGCUGCGUCUCCCAGUUUUUCGGGGAGUUCAAGUCCUUCUGCUGGCAGCACCGGCCGGUGCAGCGGCUACGGGCGCUGCGGCGGGGCAGGAGCCGCUGUCUCAUCUGCCAGGAGCCGGUGGCCGGGCGGCCCCGCUUCGGCACCCUGGUGUGUCCCGCCUGCCGCAGCGCCUGGUUCCACCGCGCCUGCAUCCAGGGCCAGGCGCUGCGCUCCGCCCUGCACCAUUUCCGCUGCCCGCUCUGCCAGGACACGGACACCUUCCAGGCCGAGAUGUUCCGCCUGGGCAUCCAGAUCCCUGACAGGGAUGCCGCCUGGGAGCUGGAGGGAGCCUUCGACGACCAUUACCGGCGGCACAGCUCCUGCGACGCCGCCCGCUGCCUGUGCCCGGGCGGCCGGCAGCAGGCGGAUGACGAGGGGCCCUGGCGCUUGCUGCUCUGCAACUCGUGCGGCUCGCGGGGCACCCACCGGGAAUGCGGCGGCCUCGGCGAGGAGGUCGGGAGCUGGGAGUGCGGCGACUGCGCCGGCGCCGGCACCGGCUGGGGCUCCAGCCAGAAUUCAAGACACGCCACAAGGCUUCAGCAUCUCAACACUUUAUUGAGGCAGCAGCGCCUGAGUCCCACCAACAGACACACGCUCAACUUUUAA